UCUACUUGUAAUUAAGUACAGAACUUUGCCGUAAAGCGAUUUGUGUCAAAAGAUGUAACAUGGCGACCUCCAGUGUGGCAGGAGUGGGGUUCUCGCUCAUUGGAAACUUUGCGCGUCAGAUCCAUUCAAGGUUACUCGCUUCAUUCAGCAGUCUCCAUCAUGCAAACUUCCACACAACCGCAACGGUAGAUGCCAAAAACUGGGAGAGAAAGAAUCGUAUAGUUUACCCUCCCCAGCUACCAGGAGAGCCACGCAGACCAGCCGAGAUACAUCAUUGCAGAUACCAAAUAAAGUACAGUAAGGAUAAGAUGUGGUAUCUAGCAAAAUUGAUAAGAGGGAUGACUAUAGACCAGGCCCUCGGACAGCUUGAAUUCAGUGAUAAAAAGGGCGCCAAGAUAAUGAAGGAGGUGUUAUUAGAGGCUCAAGAAAUGGCUGUUAAAAACCACAAUGUAGAGUACAGAUCCAAUUUAUAUGUCGCCGAGUCCUUCUCUGGGAAGGGGAAGUAUCUGAAACGCAUCAGGAUUCAUGGUAGGGGCCGGUUUGGGAUCAUGGACAAAGUAAACUGCCACUACUUUGUGAAGCUGGUAGAGGGACUGCCCCCGAAGGUGGAGCAGAAGACCAACCUCGACAUGGCCAAGGAGUACGUCCAGCAGCUGAGGAACCGCACCAUCAUUCACUCGCUGUAGAUGGGACGAGACCCCACAUCCUACUGGUUACACAAGGGAGGAAAAACUUUGAAACGUAAAGACCCCUGGCACUUUCCCAGUAUUCCCUUGAGGUGAAUAAUCGAUAAAGGCUGUAUUGUUAAAUUAAAGAAUUUAUGUCA